AACAAUUAGGUAAAUAGGUCAGCAUAUUUUGCCUCAUAUAAUCUGCACCGUUCAGUCUGCCACUUACAGCUUUAGUUACCAACAAGACUCUCUCUUCUUUAUCCCCUUUAAAAAGGGGGGCAGCCAAGAAAAAAAACUCUGCGAGAAAAACCAACAAGAUUGUUCACUGCUAAUUUAGUGAUUAAUCUUGAACAACUGUUGGAGAAAGACAACAAUGUCGGGAGGUAUUGCUCGUGGUCGUCUUGCUGAGGAACGCAAAGCUUGGAGAAAGAAUCACCCCCAUGGUUUUGUUGCUAAGCCGGAGACACUUCAAGAUGGGUCAGUUAACCUGAUGAUUUGGCACUGUACUAUCCCUGGUAAAGCUGCGACUGAUUGGGAAGGUGGUUGCUACCCACUUACAAUUCAGUUCAGUGAAGAUUAUCCGAGUAAACCGCCAAAGUGUAAAUUCCCAGCAGGCUUUUUCCAUCCAAAUGUCUAUCCUUCUGGAACAGUUUGCUUGUCGAUCCUCAAUGAAGAUAGUGGAUGGAGACCAGCUAUCACCGUGAAACAGAUACUGGUUGGUAUCCAGGACUUGUUAGAUCAGCCAAACCCUGCUGAUCCCGCCCAAACUGAAGGGUAUCAUAUGUUUAUUCAGGAUCCUCUGGAGUACCGAAAGAGGGUGCGCCUGCAGUCAAAGCAGUAUCCACCUCUUGUUUAAAGAAUGUCUAAUCUUGUGGUGACUUGAAAGUACGUUAAAAUUUGCGGAUAAGGAAUCUGCCACCUAGUGAUGCUGAUUGGUAUUUGUUUAUGUGGAGAAGUAAAUAUUUAUAACUACAGGAUUUUAUGUCUGAUACUGCCUUUCGUAGUUUCCAGAGAGUAUAUGUGUAGAACAAGCACAACUGCAAAUUGUCAUCUAAAUGUGUUGGAAAUGUGUUGAAAGUUACUAUUUUCGUUUGCAAAAA